CAGCAAUCAACCUCCUCCCAGGGACAGACAGCAGCAGCAGCAGCAUUAGUGUGUAGCAGUGACAGAUGGAGAAAAAUCAAUUUUAGGACGGAUGUAAGAGGAAAAUUUUCGCGAAUCGUUCUAAGAUGUGAAUUUUUUGGGAAUUUCCAAGCUUCUGCUGCACUGGUGCUUGCCCGUCUACAUUCAGGCGUUUGGUUGCCCUAGUCUGAAUGAUGAUUACGCGAAAGAGUUUGAUACGAGAAAAGUUUUAAACACAUUCCUCUCCCCUGCAACAGUUUUAUAAGAACUGCUUGGUUCGCGCAAAUUUUAAGCAAAAGAAAACUAACACCCAUAGUAGAAAUCCUGGGAAAACGAUGGUCACGAAGAAGACUUCUGACAUAGAGAAAGAAAGGCUAACAAAGAAAAUGUGUUCAAAUAGCAGCAUGAGCGGAGCGGGUUCCGGUGGUGGUACGGGCCCACUGGUCAGUUUCAGUGCUGGAACGACCCAUCAUACUCCGCACAGCCAAGAUGCACCCAACAUACUGGUAUACAAGAAGAUGGAAGCCAUCAUUGAAAAAAUGCAAGCUGAAGGCUCCGGGGUGUCCGUGCGCACAGUGAAGGCCUUCAUGAGUAAGGUCCCUUCGGUGUUCACCGGGGCCGAUCUGAUCGCGUGGAUUACCCAGAAUCUUACCGUCGAAGACGUGACGGAAGCUCUGCACCUGGCUCAUCUACUAGCUUCACAUGGUUAUUUGUUUCCAAUCGAUGACCAUCAGCUCACCGUCAAAAAUGAUGGAACCUUCUAUCGCUUCCAAACGCCCUACUUUUGGCCAUCCAAUUUCUGGGAACCGGAGAACACAGACUACGCCAUCUAUCUCUGCAAGCGCACUAUGCAAAACAAAACUAGACUGGAGUUGGCCGACUACGAGGCGGAAAACCUGGCCAAGUUGCAGAAGAUGUUCUCCCGAAAGUGGGAGUUCAUUUUCAUGCAAGCUGAAGCCCAGAGUAAGGUGGAUAAGAAACGUGAUAAGCUCGAACGCAAGGUGCUAGAUUCGCAGGAGCGCGCCUUUUGGGAUGUACACCGUCCAAUGCCCGGUUGUGUCAACACCACUGAGGUGGACAUCAAGAAAGCCUACCGGCGAGGUGCCUCCAGUCUCGGUUCGGGUUCGGCUGGAACGGCAGCCAACAGCAACCCCGCGGAAACCAUGGCCAAGACAAUCAACCUGCUGAAGCAGAAGCUGGAGCGGCGGACCAUCAAGGUUUCCAAGGCUGCGGAGUCAUACAUCUCGUACUACGAACAGUACAGUGAGUUUGAUUACUUUCUAACUGCACCAGAAUAUCCAAAUCCGUGGCAAUCGGACAGUACUGAACUUUGGGAUACCGAAAAACAGGGCAAAGACAUUGCCAUGAAACGGGUCAAACGGUGGGGAUUCAGCUUACGGGAACUGCUGAACGAUCCGGUUGGACGGGAGCAGUUUACGAAGUUCCUCGAUAAGGAGUUUAGCGGAGAAAAUCUGAAAUUCUGGGAAGCGAUCCAACAGAUGAAGGCCCUGCCACAGUCCCAGAUCAAGGACGCUGCCAACGCGAUCUGGAACGAGUACCUGGCACCGGACGCGGCCUGUCCGGUGAAUAUCGACUCGAAAUCGUUGGAACUGUGCCGGGAAGCCAUCAAGGAGGGAACGGCCAGCCCGAGCCGUUGGUGCUUCGACGUCGCUGCCGAUCAUGUGUUUUAUCUGAUGAAGAGUGACUCCUACUCGCGCUAUCUACGGUCCGACAUGUACAAGGAAUACCUGAAUGGGUCGAAGAAAAAGACAUCCGUACGAGGACUUCGAAUAUUUUCUGGCAGAAAAGAUACACCUGUGAUAAACUAAGCAGAUACAAGUGAAACGUAAAGGUGGGAGUAAAAUUUCACAAAACAAAAAUAAAAGCACAAAGCAUAAUAUCAACAACCAAAGAAGCGUUGAAACAAUAACAAAAUAGCCCAAAAGUGUACCAUAUAGCAAGAGCAACAACUAUCCAAAACAGAAAAAUAAACAUGGUUCAAAACUGAUUGUUUUAGAGCAGCAGUAAAUGUGUGUGUAUAGGAGAAAAUGUCGUACCUAUAAUUGAACAGAAAGCAAACACCUAUACCAUAAAAAAAACGAAGCUGAAUCACGCUAAUAGAAAAAAUAGAGAUGGAUGUACUAAAUAGAAGCUUGGCAGAUUGUGAAAUUUAAAGUUACCAAAGUUAAUCCGACAUGUUACUAAUGAAACUAGAAAACAGAAGCAAAUGACGUAAAGUGAAAGCUACUAAAAAUUAGGAAGGAAAAUGUUAUCAAAACAUCCGCGGUAACCCACCAUUACUCGAACAUAUAGUGAGAUUUUAAAGUUUGGAACAGCAUUUUAGUGGAAAUCAAAUUUUUAAUAAGUAAACCUAUAAUCAACCACAUAAACCAGUUCCGGCAAUCUAUACCCUUGCUAAAAUUCUAUACCAACUCUUUGAAACUCUCCAUUGUAACCUUCGAUAUGGCAGACACAAAAAAAAAACAAUAGCUACUAACAAUCACUCCUCUGCAUUCACUAACCAUACCUAGAAAAUCAAAACAAUAACUAACCACAUUCAAAUCAAAUAAUAUCCAAACUGUAGCCCUUACUAAAAUCAAAGUAGUGAUAACAAAACAAAAAAAUAAACUCAAAUCUAUCGCAGUUAACUAUUCACGAACAAAACAAAAAAAAACACACACACACACAGAGAAACAACUAGUGAGCAUAUUGGUCAAACCAAACAUAUUAACCAGAAACAAAAAGAAAAACACGUUCUAUGACCCACUUAGCAGAAGCAAGUGAAUAAUUUUCCGAUCUAUCGAUCCAAAACAUAGCAAAGACAGAAGAACAAGACUUAUUGUGAUUGUUGUUAACGGAAACUUUGAUAAUAUGUUGUUUCUAUAAAGAAUUUUAUAUACUUUCCCUAACGCUACUACCCGAUGUAUUACAAUUUCGAGUACCGAGUCAUUCUCAUUCAUACCAUUGCUAUUUUAAGCAAGCGAUGAUGAAGAAAAACGGACAGUGACGAGCACAAAACAUCUUUCAUUUUGGGGUUAUCUUUCUUAUUUUGACAAUAAGACGCAAUGCAAAUACGAAAACAACCAAUAUAUUUUGAAAACAGUGGAACAUAGGCAUAUUCUUCGAUAAUGGUUGACGGUCCUAGGAUUCUUCGU